AACACCCAGACACUACAGAGCCCGCAGGAUUCUGAGCAUGGCGAUGAUGGUGAUUCCCCAUCGACCUCAUCUGACAUAGCUGGCAGUUCUUCCGUGCCAGAUUUACCAGGGUAUUACUUCGACCCUGAAAAGAACCGCUACUUCCGCUUGCUUCCUGGACAUAACAACUGCAACCCCCUCACGAAGGAGGGCAUCCGGCAGAAGGAAAUGGAGAGCAAGAGACUGCAGCUGCUAGAGGAAGAAAACAAGCAGAAAAAGAAAAUAGCCAGGAUGGGAUUUAAUGCAUCUUCCUUGCUACAAAAAAGCCAGCUGGGUUUUCUCAGUGUCACCAAUUAUUGCCGUCUAGCCCAUGAGCUGCGUGUGAGCUGCAUGCAGAGGAAGAAGGUCCACAUUCAAAGCUCAGAUCCUUCCGCUUUGGCAAGCGACCGAUUUAACCUCAUACUGGCGGACACCAACAGCAGCCGGCUCUUCACAGUGAAUGAUGUGAAAGUCGGAGGCUCCAAGUACGGCAUCAUCAGCCUGCGUGGUUUGAAGACCCCUACGCUCAGCGUGCGAAUGUAUGAAAACCUUUACUUCACCAACCGGAAGGUAAAUUCUGUGUGCUGGGCCUCGCUGAAUCACUUGGACUCCCACAUUCUAUAUCCUUUGGCAGUUGAAGAGGUUUGGCUGUGCCUCAUGGGAUUCGCAGAUUCUCCAGGCUGCGCCACUCUGCUCCCAGCAUCGCUGUUCGUCACUAGUCACCCAGCAGUCAGAGACCGGCCUGGCGUGCUCUGCAGUUUCCGGAUCCCUGGUGCCUGGUCCUGUGCAUGGUCCCUGAACAUCCAGGCAAAUAACUGCUUCAGUACAGGCUUGUCUCAGCGGGUCCUGCUGACCAACGUGGUGACGGGACACCGGCAGUCCUUUGGGACCAGCAGCGAUGUCUUGGCCCAGCAGUUUGCUCUCUUGGCUCCUUUGCUGUAUAAUGGCUGUCGUUCUGGGGAGAUCUUUGCCAUUGAUCUGCGUUGUCCAAAUCAAGGCGAGGGCUGGAAGGCCAGUCGCCUGUUCCACGAUUCAGCAGUGACCUCCAUACAAAUCCUCCAUACAGAGAAAUGCUUGAUGGCGUCAGACAUGGCUGGAAAGAUCAAGCUGUGGGACCUGAGGGCCACUAAGUGUAUAAGGCAAUACGAAGGUCAUGUAAAUGAGUACGCCUACCUGCCCCUGCACGUGCACGAGGAAGAAGGAAUCCUGGUGGCAGUGGGCCAGGACUGCUACACAAGAAUCUGGAGCCUCCACGAUGGCCACCUACUAAGAACCAUACCCUCCCCAUACCCCGCCUCCAAGGCUGACAUUCCCAGUGUGGCCUUCUCCUCUCGUCUUGGGGGCUUCCGGGGAGCGCCAGGGCUGCUCAUGGCUGUCCGGCGGGACCUUUACUGUUUCACCUACAGCUAAUUCUGCAGGAUGUAGCCUGGAGGAAUGUGGAUUUGGCUUAAAUGAGGGCACUUUUAAGUGACGCUCAGUGUACACAGAUCCCCUCCAUUCGGCUGCUGGGGGCAAGGUGCUAAGUGUUUUACGUGAAGACACUUCAGUAAAGUUAUUUCAGUUAAAUUGUGGGCUCAGAGAGCUUGAAAGUCCUUUUUAUAAAAGGUACUUCUUUUUCUUGUUAUUUCUUAGCAUAGUCCCCCACCUUUUUUUUAAUUAUUAUUACAAAAAAAACUUUUCUAAGGACUAAAUUAAAGCUGCAUCUCUCUCUAAAAGCCCUUUGGACAAGCCUAAUGAUGAGACUAUUGAGAUCGUUUGAGUAGUCAUUGCCUGGGUGCCAGGAAGAUAUGCAUCUGUACUUGAGAAAGCCCACUGGAGAGGAGAGGAAGGGGAGAGGUCAUCUCUGUGAGUCUCCAUAGAGACAUUUAAAGGCUGGAGUUUGGAAUUAUUAAGCUUUGUCUUCUCAAGCUCAGUAUCAACAGGAGAUCUCUGGGAUUCUACUUUAUCAUUCAUAGACAUUGGAAGGGAAGA